ACGAUCUUUGAUUUACUGUGGUGCGUUGAAUUGUUUGUUUAUGUUUUUAGUGUUGUUAUGAGAUGAUGCUGAGCCGACUUGUUUCUCGAACUAGACGUUUAUUUGCACUUGAACCUGUAGUUAACUUCGCACCUUCAUCAUAUAAAAUCUGCAGAUAUUUCUGUGAACACCGGAAUAAUUCUGUUGAAGACUCAAAGAAACAAAAUGAAGAGACUCAGAUUUCGGGGGCUUUUGCGGGCAAAUACCGCAUAUUUAGGGAUGAGGAUUCGCCUAUAAUUCUAGAUGUUCAAGAAGAGAGACUUAUUAGUGAUGGCGUUGCCCAAGAUAUUGAAACACACGAAGACUUCGACGAAUUCUAUGGAUUAUCUCUUGCUCGAGGAGUGACUGGUGUUUUUGAAAUAGAGGAACUUGUGAGUAUCCUCAGGAGAGAGAAUAUGUUAGAUAUUUUUGUUGUGUCAGUACCUCCUGAAAUUAAGUAUGUGAAUUACAUGGUAAUAGUCACUGGAAAAUCACCAAGGCAUAUGUAUGCAACGGCAGAAUUUGUAAGAAGAGUUUUCAAAAAGAAACGACACCCACAUGAUAGAAUACCAGAGAUAGAAGGUAAAGACUCAAAGGAUUGGAUCGCCAUGGAUCUAGGUAAUAUUGCAUUGCACAUUUUUUCCAAAACUGCAAGACUGACUUAUGACCUGGAAUCAUUAUGGUCUGUUGGAGCUGAAUAUGACAGACUUAGUAACAAGAAAGAUGAUCCAGUGGUGGAAUUACUCUUGCAGCAUUCUGUAUUUUUAGGAGACAUAAAGCCUUCAGAAACCAAAGGUUAACAUAAAGCAGAAAGAUGUUUUGUGCCUUGAAUUGUAGUUCAUUGUGUAAACACUGUGUCCUAGGUUCCAGCAGCAUUGCCAAAUAGUCUGUUACAUAAUACUUUGACUGCGUGAAUUGUCUAUAGGUGCUGUGAGCAGUGAUCUCUAAUAUAAUCACUGCCAGAAACAGUAACCAAUUGAAGUCAAGACACAAUCACUUUAGUUCCAGAAGAAGCUGAGCAACCAUCAAAUUGUUUCUGAAAAGUGAAACCAAGGAACUUAACUGAAUCAGGAAAUCAUAAUUUAUCAAGAAUUGUACAUUCAAACUGAAAUACUUGUGUUUAAUUUAUUGUAUGUUAAUGAAUUAGGAUUGUUUGCUUUUAUGUAUAUAUUAUAUAAAUAUAUUUUUAUAACAAUCA